GCCUGUUUGUGUUUCAUUCAUGUGUAAAUGAGAACAGAAAUGUACUCAGAGCAGAAGAAUCAAAACCUCACAGUGAUAGAGUGCAACUGUCUGAGUUACACAGGAGUGCAGUGGAUCAGGCCUUAGAGAGUAAGAAUGGACACCUGGACCUUUUCCUCCGAUUCCUUCUUGGCCUCUCUCUGGACUCUGCUGAAACUUUCUUAAGACACAAAACAAAUCGUAUUUUUACAUUCUUUAAAAGUCUACUGACACAGACAGAGAGCAUUAAGAAAACAGUCCAGUACAUUAAGGAGAGGAUCAGAAAUGAGUCUUCAGCAGAGAGGACCAUCAAUCUGCUCCACUGUCUCAAUGAACUGAAUGACAACUCUCUAGUGAAGGAAAUCCAGAAUUCCCUGAGAUCAGGAAAACUUUCUGAUAAAGAGCUGGAACCACACCAGUGUUCAGCUCUAGUCUUUAUGUUACUGACGUCAGAGGAGGUCCUGGAUGAGUUUGACUUGAAGACCUACAAAACAUCAUCAGCAGGUCAUCAGAGACUGCUACCAGUAAUCAGCAGCUGCAAGAAGGCCAAACUGAACAGCUGUGACCUCACAGAGAAGUCCUGUGAUAUUGUGGCCUCAGCUCUCCAGUCAUCAAACUCAACCCUGACAGAUCUGGACCUCAGCUACAAUAACCUGGGAGAUUCAGGAGUGGAGCUGCUCUGUGCUGGACUGAGGAGUCCAAUCUGUAAACUACAGAGACUGGGACUGAACAACUGUGAACUCACACAGAAGUGCUGUAAUAUUGUGGCCUCAGCUCUCCAGUCAUCAGACUCACCCCUGAGAGAUCUGGACCUCAGCUACAAUAACCUGGGAGAUUCAGGAGUGAAGCUGCUCUGUGCUGGACUGAAGAGUCCAAACUGUAAACUGCAGAGACUGGGACUGAACAGCUGUAAACUCACACAGAAGUGCUGUAAUAUUGUGGCCUCAGCUCUCCAGUCAUCAAACUCGCCCCUGAGAGAUCUGGACCUCAGCUACAAUAACCUGGGAGAUUCAGGAGUGAAGCUGCUCUGUGCUGGACUGAGGAGUCCAAACUGUAAACUACAGAGACUGGGACUGAACAACUGUAAACUCACACAGAAGUGCUGUGAUAUUGUGGCCUCAGCUCUCCAGUCAUCAAACUCACCCCUGAGAGAUCUGGAUCUCAGCUGCAAUAACCUGGGAGAUUCAGGAGUGGACAUGGAGAAUAUAGGCUGGGUUGGUGUAAUCUCACAGAGGGCUGCUGUGAUGUUCUGGCCUCAGUCCUGCGUUCUCCUCACUCAAAGCUGAGAGAUCUGGAGCUCAGAGACAACGAGCUGCAGGAUUCAGGAGUGAGAGCGCUGUCUGCUGGACUGGAGGACCCACACUGUAAACUGCAGAGACUGGGGUGAGUACAAACACAAACCCCUUCAAUCCAAAGGGCUACAAUGUGACUAAAUACAACACUGAUGUCAAUGUUCCUAAUGUGAAAACAGACACUUCACGGAACUGAAACAGCAUGUUCCUGUUCUUCCUCUUGGUAGAAUUUGACUACACAAAUGAAUGAAGAAAAUGAAUUAGUCCUGUUUACUGAACUGUAGUGGGGUGUAAACUCAAAUGUGUUUGAUAAUGACUCAUUCCACAUUCAUGUUAUUUUAGUUUAACACGCACAGCCCUGUUAGUUUAUAUUAUAUUACAUUUAUUUGCCAGACGCUUUUAUCCAAAGUGACGUACAAUAAGUGCAUACAAAAGGU